UUGGAAAAUGGCAGCGACGAGUGUUGUCGUUCUCGAUAGAGGCAACAAUACAACUUGUACCGUAAAUCUUUUCGGUGCAACGGUGGUAUCAUGGAGAGUCAACAACCAAGAACAGUUAUUUGUGAGUAAGCAGGCGGUGUUCGACGGCAAGCGCGCGAUCCGGGGAGGGAUUCCUUUUGUUUUUCCACAAUUCGGUCAAUGGGCGUUCGGUCCGCAGCACGGGUUCGCGCGGGUGGCGCGCUGGCGCGUCGAGAAGCUGCCCGAGCGCCUGCCAAGCGGCGACGUCGAGGCCGUCUUUAGCCUCGUCGACGACGACUUCACGCGCUCCAUGUGGCACUUCCAGUUCCGUCUUACGUACCGGCUGAUCCUGCGCGAGAAGGAGCUGCACUUCAACGUGGGCGUGUACAACCCCAGCAAGGAGCUGACGUUCUCGUGCCAGUUGCUGCUGCACACCUACUUCAAGGUGCCAGACGUGCGCCGCUCCCAGGUCACCGGCAUGCACGGAUGCAUGUUCAUUGAUAAGACGAGGGAAGGCGCGAUAUACCAGGAGACGCGCGAGGUUGUGACGAUCAACGAGUGGACGGACCGCGUGUACCAGAACACCGCGCCCGAGCACAUCAUCACCAACGUCGUUAGCGGCCGCAAGAUGCGCAUACAGAAGUACAACUUCCCCGACACAGUGAUCUGGAACCCGUGGUCGGAGUUCGCGAAGGAGAUCCCGGACCUGGGCGACGAGGAGUACGGCAACAUGGUGUGCGUGGAGGCGGGCCGCGUUGCCGCGCCCAUCGUGCUGCUGCCCGGCACCGCCUUCGAGGCCAGCCAGAUCCUGCAGGUGAUGUAAGAUGAUGGAGCGAGCCCCAGUGAACCGUCCAGGAGUUAAUUGUCCAGCUUCAGCCGCCAUCUCACUCGGCUGACUCGUACACAGUAUGGUUACAAACUAAAUAGUAUACACCUUCGCACAGAGGAGCAGCAUAGAAAGCUGUCAGAUUUAACUACUACAAUAAUUUAGCACAAAUUUUACUAAUGAGUUCAUAGUGUAUCGUAAUAGGAAAUGUCAUGCGCACACUUGUUGUUGUGAAAUCAAUCUGACACCUUUCUGUGUAUCUGUUACUCUGUACGAAAGCAUAUUUUUUAUUGCUCUGAGGUAUAAUGCAAUCUUUGCUUACCUACUCCAUGCCCUCUUGGCUUUUACAAUUAUUUGUUGUGAAUUGAAUAGCACAAAAGAUUUCUCCUAACAUCCUACGAUUGAAAACAACAGUAGUAUGUAAGAUAUGUAAAACCGUUUACUUUUUAAUGCUACUCUAUAUUACUAUUUACUAUGUAUGUCUAUUAUUAUUUAAUUUUCAAGAGUAUGAAUUAUGAGUUCCUUAAUGAAAAGUAUUUUUACAUAAGUUCAAACUAGUUUAAUAUUUUGUAGGUGGAAGUUUCUCAUCAUUUUAUGACUUUAAGUGCUGGAAAGUGAUACAAACUAUAUAUUAUUAGUAUCUGCUCAAAAUGUAAAACAUUCCAAUAAUAAAAUCAUUCCGUUAAAAAUCAGGCGAAUUUAUAGUGUGGAGUUUGUAGUAUCUUUAUGCAUAAUAUUUUGGAAAUUAAGAAAACAUAAUUAAAAAAAUCUUUGUACUGAUUUUGUAUAUCACUUACUCCAUGUAAUUAACUUGGUAGUUAUAAUACCUCCUCUAUCGCUAUGUAUACUAUUGUCUAUUCGUCGUCUAUCUAUAUUACAGCCCUAAAAUGAUAUUUUGGCACUUAGAUGUCAUUGCCAUUAGGGCGCAGCUGUCGCUGGAAAUCAUUUCGAUCAAACACAAAAUGGUACGAUAGUCCAAUGGGUGUGGAAAAGCUCAAGUGACAUUUUGCAAGAUGGCGAAUACUUAUCUGAUUUUGGCAGCGCGCCAAAAUAUGCUUUUAGGGCUGUAGUAAUAAUUGCUAAACAUUUUAAUACAGUCUCAGAGACUUACUUUGUCUUCCUCUUGUUUUUACGAUACUUAUAUCUUAAACAUAGUUGUAUAUAGAAUAAGUACUAAUAACAGCGUACAAUAAUGGUUGUCAUAUCAAUUUUAAACAUACAU